GAGCUCCCGGAAGUGGCCGGACCCACAGCUCGGGCGGAGAGCCCGUCCGUCGGUUCGUCGGUCCGCCGGUCCGCCAGCCGGGUCGUCCGCGCGCCUCGGCCCUCGUCGGCGUCCCGCGCGGCCUGUGUGGCCCGAACCGCGGCCGAGGUGCCCGCCAUGGCGACGUUCAUCUCGGUCCAGCUGAAGAAGACCUCGGAGGUGGACCUGGCCAAGCCGCUGGUGAAGUUCAUCCAGCAGACGUACCCGAGCGGCGGGGAGGAGCAGGCCCAGUACUGCCGCGCGGCGGAGGAGCUCAGCAAGCUGCGCCGCGCCGCGCUCGGCCGCCCGCUGGACAAGCACGAGGGCGCUCUCGAGACGCUCCUGAGAUAUUAUGAUCAAAUUUGUUCCAUUGAACCCAAAUUCCCAUUCUCUGAAAAUCAGAUCUGCCUGACAUUUACCUGGAAGGAUGCUUUUGAUAAAGGUUCACUUUUUGGAGGAUCUGUGAAAUUGGCUCUUGCAAGCUUAGGAUAUGAAAAGAGCUGUGUGUUAUUCAAUUGUGCAGCGUUAGCUAGCCAGAUUGCCGCAGAACAGAACCUGGAUAAUGAUGAAGGAUUGAAAGUCGCUGCUAAGCAUUACCAGUUUGCUAGUGGUGCCUUUUUACAUAUUAAAGAGACAGUUUUAUCUGCCUUAAGUCGAGAGCCUACGGUGGACCUGUCUCCAGAUACUGUUGGGACCCUUAGUCUUAUUAUGCUGGCACAGGCCCAAGAAGUCUUUUUUUUAAAAGCCACAAGAGAUAAAAUGAAAGAUGCCAUCAUAGCCAAAUUGGCUAAUCAGGCCGCAGAUUACUUUGGUGAUGCUUUUAAACAGUGUCAGUACAAAGAUACUCUUCCCAAGGAGGUGUUCCCUGUCUUGGCUGCAAAGCACUGUAUCAUGCAGGCCAAUGCUGAGUACCACCAGUCUAUCCUGGCAAAACAGCAGAAGAAAUUUGGAGAAGAGAUUGCAAGGUUACAGCACGCAGCAGAAUUGAUUAAAACAGUGGCAUCUCGCUAUGAUGAAUAUGUCAAUGUGAAAGACUUUGCUGACAAAAUCAGCCGUGCCCUUUCUGCAGCAAAGAAGGAUAAUGACUUCAUCUAUCAUGAUCGAGUUCCAGACCUUAAAGAUCUGGACCCAAUUGGCAAAGCCACACUUGUGAAAUCUACCCCAGUCACUGUCCCCAUCAGCCAGAAAUUCACUGAUUUGUUUGAAAAUAUGGUUCCUGUGUCAGUGCAGCAGUCGUUGGCCGCCUAUAAUCAGAGGAAAGCUGACUUAGUUAACAGAUCAAUUGCUCAAAUGAGAGAAGCCACCACUUUGGCAAAUGGGGUGUUAGCUUCCCUUAAUCUUCCAGCAGCAAUUGAAGAUGUGUCUGGAGAUACUGUACCUCAGUCUAUAUUGACUAAAUCCACAUCUGUGAUUGAACAGGGAGGCAUCCAGACUGUUGAUCAAUUGAUCAAAGAGCUACCUGAACUACUACAAAGAAAUAGAGAAAUCCUAGAUGAGUCGUUAAGAUUGUUGGAUGAAGAAGAAGCCACGGACAGUGAUUUAAGAGCAAAAUUCAAGGAACGCUGGCAAAGGACACCAUCUAAUGAUCUCUAUAAGCCUUUAAGAGCAGAGGGAACCAACUUCAGAACGGUUUUGGAUAAAGCUGUGCAAGCAGAUGGGCAGGUGAAAGAACGUUACCAGUCUCACCGAGACACCAUCGCCCUUCUGUGUAAGCCGGAGCCUGAGCUGAACGCGGCCAUCCCUUCUGCUAACCCAGCAAGGACCAUGCAGGGCAGCGAGGUUGUAAAUGUCUUAAAAUCCUUAUUGACCAAUCUUGAUGAAGUAAAGAAGGAAAGAGAAGGGCUAGAGAAUGACUUGAAAUCAGUGAAUUUUGACAUGACAAGCAAAUUUUUGACUGCUUUGGCUCAAGAUGGUGUAAUAAAUGAAGAAGCUCUUUCUGUCACUGAGCUGGAUCGAAUCUAUGGAGGUCUUACGACAAAAGUCCAAGAAUCUCUAAGGAAACAGGAAGAACUUCUUAAAAAUAUUCAGGUCUCACACCAGGAGUUUUCAAAAAUGAAGCAAUCUAAUAAUGAAGCUAACUUAAGAGAAGAAGUUUUGAAGAAUUUAGCUACUGCAUAUGACAACUUUGUUGAGCUUGUGGCUAAUUUGAAGGAGGGCACAAAGUUUUACAAUGAGCUGACUGAAAUCCUGGUCAGGUUCCAGAACAAGUGCAGUGACAUCGUGUUUGCACGGAAGACAGAAAGAGAUGAACUCUUAAAGGAUCUGCAGCAAAGCAUUGCCAGGGAACCCAGUGCUCCUUCAAUCCCUACGCCUGCCUAUCAGUCUUCUCCCGCAGGGGGCCAUGCUCCCGCUGUGCCAACGCCCGCGCCGAGAACCAUGCUGCCCGCCAAGCCCCAGCCCCCGGCCCGGCCUCCACCGCCUGUGCUUCCAGCAAAUCGAGCUCCUCCCGCUCCCGCUCCCGCUCCCGCUCCGGCUCCCUCGGGGACGGGCACUGCUCCACCGGCACCGGCACCCACUCCUGGUUCAGCAGCGCCCCCUCCACAGGCCCAGGGACCCCCCUACCCCACCUAUCCAGGAUAUCCCGGGUAUUGCCACAUGCCCAUGCCCAUGGGCUAUAAUCCUUACGCAUACGGUCAGUAUAGUAUGCCGUACCCGCCAGUGUAUCACCAGAGCCCCGGACAGGCUCCAUACCCAGGGCCCCCGCAGCCUUCAUACCCCUUCCCUCAGCCCCCGCAGCAGUCUUACUACCCACAGCAGUAACAUGCCAGCCCAGAAGCUCGACUGGUUCAGUUCAAAGGGAAGGAAACACCAGCCCUGCAAUAAGCGUACUAAACUCUGUGCUCUGGUUACUGUAACGUCCUCUGUCGUGCUGAACGCGGUGUGCAGUUUCUGUCCGCGGCUGCGAGCUGAGACUGUGCCCCAGUUCCACACUCGAUCGCACACCGAGAGAUGCUGCUGUUGCAGUGUAAACACUAUAAUAGGUAUAAUAGAAUUUGAAAUAAGUUACAUUUCAGUUCAUCAAAGUUGAAAAAUGAGAAGUUAAACCCACAAGUGAAACGUUUGAAACUAUUAUACUUCUGUCUGCAUAAGACAUGGUUGGGACGUCAGAUACUUACAAUGAUGGUUUAAGUACUGAUAUUCAAGAAAGCUACGUUUUCUUUCUCUCUCGGUUUGUCAGUUUGGUUUAAUUUCCAUUACACUAUUUUGCAUAAUCAAAGUGUUGUAAAUCUUAUAAUUUAAAAAUAAAUUACUUGAGAACA